GAGGGGUUCGCGUGGAGGAGUCGUCCUUUAUCUGAUGGUUAUGGAUUUCUUGAAGGGCACCGCCGGUGUUGCAGGCCGUUAGGUUUCCAAGGCGCAUGUUUUUACGGGACACCUGAAUUAUUUCCAAGAGUCGGUCCCAUUUUCAGGCAGGUCCGCUCUGGGUACGCUGCCAGACCCCCUGGGAGGAAAUGAGCUGAAAGACACCCACCCUUGAUUCAGCUUGAUGUUUCAUCUGCAAGGUCUGUUAACCUGAUUCAAAGCCAAAUGGAGUCACUCCUGGUGUACGUGAUAGUCCUCGGUGUGGCUAUAAAGGCUCACAAAGUCCAGAUCUGCCCCAAACGCUGCGUCUGCCAGGUGCUAAAUCCCAAUCUGGCAACCUUGUGCGACAAAAAGGGACUGCUGUUUGUUCCUCCGAACAUCGACAGGCACACAGUGGAGAUGCGGCUCGGGGACAACUUUGUAACCAGCGUCAAACGCAAAGACUUUGCAAACAUGACCAAGCUGGUGGACCUGACCCUGUCUCGUAACACCAUUGGAUCCAUCGCGCCUUAUGCCUUCAAAGACCUGGAGAACCUACGAGCCCUUCACCUGGACAGCAACCGUCUCACCCGCAUCACCAAUGACACCUUCAGCGGGAUGUCCAAGCUGCACCACCUCAUCCUCAACAACAACCAGCUCACCCACGUCCACAUCGGAGCCUUCAACGACCUCACAGCGCUGGAGGAGCUGGAUUUAUCGUACAACAACUUAGAAAGUGUCCCGUGGGUGGCCAUUCAGAGGAUGUCCAACCUCCAUACACUCAACCUGGACCACAACAUGCUCAGCCUCAUUCCAGCAGGAACGUUCUCCGGGCUGCAGAAGCUUAAGAGGCUAGAUGUGACCUCCAACAAGCUCCAGAAGCUUCCUCCUGACCCUGUCUUCCAAAGGGCGGGGGUCCUGGCCACCUCUGGGAUAAUGGGGCCUUCGUCGUUUGCGUUGAGCUUCGGAGGGAAUCCACUGAGGUGUAACUGCGAGCUGCUGUGGCUGCGAAGGCUGCGGAGGGAGGAUGACCUGGAGACCUGUGCUUCACCGCAGCACCUAGCUGGACGUUACUUCUGGACUGUUUCGGAGGAGGAAUUCCUGUGCGAGCCCCCUCUCAUCACCCGGCACUCUCAGGAGCUGCGAGCGUUGGAGGGUCAGAGUGUGACGUUGCGUUGCAAAGCCAGGGGUGACCCAGACCCCGUCAUCCAUUGGAUCGCACCAGACGGACGCCUUAUGUCCAACUCCUCCAGGGCCGUGGUCCACACGGACGGCACGCUGGAGAUCCUCAUCAGUACCGUCAAGGACUCGGGUUCGUUCACCUGCGUGGCUUCCAACCCGGCCGGAGAGGCCCAGCAGACGGUGGAUCUGGUCAUUGCCAAACUCCCUCACAUCACGAACAACACGAUUGCCGAGCAGGAGCCUGACCCUGGAUCGUCGGAUAUCGCCACGGCGUCCAGGACUGGGACGGAGGCGGGAGGGGUUCCUCUGGGGAACGCAAAGACGAGCCAAGAGAAGAAAGUAGUGAUCGCUGAGGCGAGUUCCAACUCGGCGCUUCUCAAGUUUAACUUCCACAGGAGCAUCCCAGGGAUCCGCAUGUUUCAGAUCCAGUACAACGGGACCUACGAUGACUCACUGGUGUACAGGAUGAUACCCCCCACCAGUAAGGACAUCCUAGUAAACAACCUGGCAGCCGGUACACACUACGAUCUGUGUGUUCUGGCUAUUUACGACGACCAGGUGACUUCUCUGACUGCCACCAGGGUGAUCGGUUGCAUCCACUUCACCACGGAGCCUCAGUACCUCAGAUGUCAUUUCAUGCAGUCCCAGUUUCUUGGCGGGACCAUUGUUGUAAUCAUCGGAGGGAUUAUUGUGGCCUCGGUGUUGGCGUUCAUUAUCUUCCUCAUUGUGCGCUACAGGGUGUGCAACCAAGGGGAUGUAGAUAAGGCUCUGGAGAUGGGGGACAUCCGAUCACUGAGCAGUGAUGGACAGCUACAAGGCUGUGGGAUCCCCAAGUCCCUGUCCAAACAGGUCCUACAUCCAGAGAAGAACGACAAGGACUGCCUCAGAGUCGCCCUCCCACCUCCAGAGGCAACCAAGCAGCGAGCGCCUGUCGCCACACCCGCCACAAAACCCUCCAUCCCCGACUGCACGGUCUCUACCUCUGCUGGCAGUCACAGCUGGCACCCAGCGUCUCCGGGAGCCCCAAGGCCCAAACGUGCCGGCGCUCCAACCAAACCCUCCGAGGCUCGACGAGCAGAAGCUCAAGCAGACGUCGAGCUCAAUAACAUGAACCGGAACAACUCAUCGGAAGUCAAAACGGCCAGUGCCGUCGCCCUUCCCAGUUCCGGCCGGCCCAUCAAAUGGACUGCUUCUCCCAGGGGCCCGCGGCCCCACGUAGCCUCACGACACUACAUGACUGUGCCAGCAGGGGGAGCGAGAGUGAACCGCAGGCACUCGCUUAACGCUGACUCGUGCAGGGAGCACUGCUAUGUGGCUUACCCUAAAACUGGGGCCAGCCUGCGCUCCAAGCGCAGCCUGUCCAUGAGCGGGGAGCUGCCGCAGCUCCACAGCACCACAAACAUUCACCGGGCCCGGGACAAGCUCUCCAGAUCCGAGUGGCUGCUGGAGAGCACUUUAUGAUCUCAAGUUCGCAGCUUCUUUACUUUGAUUGGAACGGAGGCCCGACGUGAAUCACACGGGAGUUUUACGCCUUGCUUUGAGCUUUUGUGCUCUUUUACUGAGGAACCUGCAGAGGACAGCCACACAGGGUGGAGGAAACCUUGUUCUUUUCUACCUUAUAACCUAUCAAAGUCUUCUUUACACGGACCUUUGGUUAAACCUGGACGAAAGGCACAACAGUGUAUAAAACAACAUCAUGUACAGAAACGUUUAGUUGUGUGAGAUGCUAUAUAUCUCAGUGCAACUUUCAGUGUUCACGUGGUUUUGAAUGCAGUAACCUGAUUAUGCUGUAAUAUAACAAGAGGAGCAUCACAGGGGGUGGAGUUACAGCUACUGAUGUUUAAAGUGACGACAUCUCCGAAGACUCUUUUUUUGUGUGUGAAAACAAGACUUGUCUGUAGCUCUAACGACAGACGGCGACACAUUUUAAUGACCCCGGUGGUGAUUCGGAGAGAUUAAGAACGUGCGUUACGUCCCAGAGGUGCAGGAGCCGAAUGUAGGCAGGCGGCGCUCCUGCUUUCCAUCCCAGACGCAGCACAAUGCAGCAUUUUUUUCCUUUUCCUUUUCUUUUUUGUUGUUGUGGCACAAGCCGACUCAGCCUAAUACUGCCCCCCGGUUUGAAUCGAUACAUUUAUAUCACAUAAUUACAUAACGACUCAGCUCCGAUUGGAUUCCUGUCAUGACCGAUUUGAGCAGCGGUUGAACCGGCAGCCAGAAAUCUGAUAUUACGUGUUGAUGCGAUCCAGAGGAAUGGUUCCAUUCUCGUGUUUUUUUACUUCUACACGUUAUCUCGCCGCGCCGGCAACAACCAUUGUAAAUGAACUUGUGGAUGUAAGAGUGGGGAGGACGUUGGUUCGCUCUUGAUUUUGUUGUUGUUUCUGUUUGAUGUUUACCAGUAUAAAUAAACCAGUGAUAAAAAAAAUAGGUCACAAUCAGAUUUAUCUCAUUCUCACACACGUUGCAGAUCAUCUCCCUUAUUUGCGCCAAGUCUUUCAACCAAAGCGGUGGUAAAUUUGGGGUUUUGGUCGUUUUCCGUGCUACUUAACUCCCUGUUCUUUGCAUGCGGUGGACCUCUGAUGGAUCCCCGAGCUCUUGUGUUUGUUCAAAGAGCGGAGGGAGGCAGAUGAUGAAAAAGGCCUCGCCAGUCACAGGGGACGCCUCUCGCUUGCAGAUCUCCUUGCUCAUCUAACAGCGGCGUGCCUGUUCCCUCUGAAGCCUGAAGCCACAGCAGAAACCUGCGGCUGUAGAGGUUAAACACAGCCUCCGCAGUGGGAAACCGUGCACAACUAAUCAGAGGUGCCGUCGCAGGUUUGAUGUGAUGUGCGUUAUCUUCUGCUUCAGUGUGUUUUGGUGGUGGAUUGAUUUUCACAUGCAUUGGGUUGCAAAUACGGCAAAAUGCAGGAAAACCCCGUUAAGAUGAGCUCCACACUCUGUAAGACAAAUAGAUUCCUGUCACCCAAACAGGCUGCGUUCAAGACACUUUUAUUUAUUAUUUCUCGCUUAUUGCAGGUGAUUAAAAUGCCAAGGAGCUUGGCCUGAAC